AUGCCCGAAUCAGUCAUUAUCGCUGGCUCCUCCAAAGGAGGCCAAUCUACAUCCAAGCCUACCGCCACCUUUACUGGGGAUGUCUACCUCGAUAUGAUCCACAUGGAUGACAAAGCUGCUAUCGCCAACGUCACUUUCACCCCCUGUGCGCGUACUCACUGGCACACCCACGAGGACGGACAGUUUCUAAAGGUUGUUGCCGGUUCCGGCUGGAUCUGCGACAAGGGCGCUGAGCCUCGCCGCAUCAAGACUGGAGACCUGAUCUGGGCUCCAGCGGGAACUACCCACUGGCAUGGGGCCGAUGAUGGUAGUAUUAUGACACACCUGGUGGUUGGUUUGGGCAAGACAACAUGGCUCGAUCCCGUGACUGAUGAGCAGUACGGUGUCAAGAAGGAUUAA